AUAUCAGGUCCCAGAGUCAAUAUAAGCCCAUUUCGGCCCUUGGGGUACAGGGACAGGGAGAGAAUGCGGGGGGAAGUUGGUGUGGGGGAUUUCCUAUUCCAGACCGAUUCCUUUCAUCCGAGCCGAAGCACCAUCAGCCCGGAACAGACCCGACAAAGAUAUAAGUCUACUCAAAUAUCCGAAUGUCUCCAGACUUUAAACUCCAAUCUUAUCUGACAACUUAAUAAUUAUCUCACUUUUAUUACUCUGUACCAAACUUUGUCAACAUGAGCUCCUCCAUCCAGACUCUUUGCCGUGGCGUCCGCGCUGCUCCCCAAACUCUCCGUCUCGGUCUCACCCAGACCCGACGACUGAGCACCACAGAUCCUAGCCGCAGCGUUUCAAACGGCAGAGAUACAGCUGUCCACGACCCCAUCAUGGACAGAUUCUGGGGAUCAACCCGUGUCAACAUGUCCGAGUCUUCUCCCAUUGUUACCGAGACUCCCAGCAUGUCCACCUCGUCUAGCCGAGACCCUCCUCUGGGCACCAACGUUUUUGAGCCAUCAUCUGCACCUCGCUGGUCUGGUAUCAACAUCCCCUCAGGCCGUCAAUAAAUAUUGUGUGGCUGCUAUUCACUACCACCACCACCACCACCACCACCAAAUGCUUCGCCGCAAAUCUGACGGCUGAGCGAUACGAAGAUUUGGUUGGGGAUUUUAUCCCACCAAUAACGACAUGAAAUGAACAAACCACGCCUCAACAUUACAUACAUAUCACGCCACAGAGUUACCAAUCUCUACAUUGCGCAGCGCAUUUGAGAAACUUUCUUAUCAGAGUAUUACCAGGUACUGCCAGAGAUGGAAGUUGGAGUAGCGCACAGAUCCACCGUAUCGGGGUUUAAAAGUAGCACCGAGUUGCAAAGUCUUUUAGCCAUGAAUGAGAUGGAAAGACGAGACCCCUUUUUUGUAAAUAAGCAGGAGUUCUGGAUUGACAGUCAUUAAACAAAUAUUGUACAUAUUUAUUAUAUUUACAGAGAAUGACCAGAUUCGACGCG